UUCAAAUUUUAUUUCUAUAAUUCAAGCAAAUCUUAAAAUUAGUAUGAAGGUGUUAACUUUAAUUUUUGUUGUUUUGGGUUCAUUCCAAAUCAAUUUUGCACAAGUGUGUUUAUCAGAAUUUUCCAAUCGAGCUUUCGAAGAAACCAUCACAAAUGUUCUAGAAUGUAUCAGGUUUGAAUUAAAUCAGGGAAUUCCCGAAUUAGAAAUACCACAUUUUAACCCUUUAAUUCUUCAAAAAGAGUUUGUUGAUAUGGAUUUAUUUGGUAUUGAUGGGUUAUCUGGAUUUAUUGAUGUUGAAGACUUCGAAUUACAAGGAUUAACACAUUUUGAGGUAACAAAAUUAAAAGGAACUAUUGGAAUUAUUCCACCUUCUUUUACUUUAACAUCCAGCGUUAAUUUUCCAAAUUUGGUCUUAAAAUCCAAGUACUUUAUGGAUAUCAAUUAUGAAGAUUACCAUAUAUUUGGAAACGGAAUUUUUGGAUUCGACAACAACAACUUUUCAAUCGAUUUGGACUUAAAAGCUAAAAUAUCUGGUGAUGUUUCGUUAUCAAAUUUUAAUUUAGAGUUAAAAUCUGAUCCUUUAACUUCAUUUCAACUCACCGGGUUUUUAAACGAUGAAUUCUACAGCAAAACAUUAAGUGAUUACAUCUUAAACAAUUUUCCUUCGAUAAUCAGUGAGUUCUCUCCGAUAUUAAACGAGUUAAUCAGAGAAGAAAUUAUGAAUCAAUCGAGCGAAAUAAUUCCAGAAAACGAUUUAAUUACUUACUUUACAAACAAAUGUUUAAAUCUAAAUUAAUCAAAAUUAUACAAUCUUCUUGUUUUCUUUAUUAACUUCAUUAUCUUCGAUUUUUUCACCUUCAA